UAUACCUGCGAUUGUUUAAUUACAAAAAACAACAACAAUGACUAAUCGAAAUAAAUAUAUAUAUACACAACAAUUGGUUUCUAUUUUUCCUAUAUUGGAAUUCAGUGAAGACGAUGUAGACAUUCCUUUAAAGAAUCCAAGAAUAUCUUGGUUGGAUAUUGCUUUUCUUGUAUCUUCGAUUCUUAUGCAUAUUAUAGACAUGGGAUUUGAUAUAAAUCUUGUUGUAAGGUAUUUAAUAGCUGGGAAAAUAACAUAUUUUAUAUCUACAACUGCUUUUAUAUUUAUACCCUCAUUUAUAAAUGUUAUAAUUAGUAGAAGAAUGCAGCAUCAAGAUGACAAGAUAAAUUCUGUUCAAAAUCAGGCAGAAUCUAAAUGCAUACAUUCCAUGCUAACAAGAAAGUUAUGUUGCAUUAUAGUGAUUGCAUUUCAGUUAGCACCAGUACUUCGUUAUUGGCGAUUAUUGAUAUAUACACGAAAGGCUUAUAAGUUUCAAAAACAAAGUGAUAAAAAUGCUCAACGGACAUAUUACAUAAAAAUGCUUAAGGAAGAUCAAGAUGUUGCUUUAUUGAGAGUGUUUGAAUGCUUCCUAGAAGCAGCCCCUCAACAAGUUUUGCAAUUAACUAUAUUAUUGAAGGAUUACCAUAAUCAUAUUAAUUUUGAAUUUGUUCACCAAGUGGCUACUAUUCUUAGUUCACUUGUAAGUAUGGGAUGGGCUAUGGCUAGUUACCAUCGUAGUAUUAGAUUAGUUCAGCAAGACAAGUUUAAUAUUGGAAUUACUGGGACUGUUCUACAAUUUCUGUGGCACUUCUGUACAACAGUUUCAAGGAUAUUGUCAUUAAGCAUUGUUGCAAGUAUUUGGCCGUUAUAUACAGGAAUUGCUUGUAUUUUACACUGGAUAAGCAUGAGUUGUUGGAUCAUUAUAGAUUCACGUGGUAUAUUAGAGUUUUGUAGGAAUCAUAAUCGUGCACCACAUUGUCCUCCAAAAAUUAAAGAACGUAUUUGUUCAGUACUAUUUUCUAUGGUGAUUGGCAUUGUUCAUGUGUUUAUAUAUUUAAAAGCAGUAGACAAAAGCACACUUUUUAAACACGCAUUUUUUUAUGGAAUCUGUUUCCUUGAAAAUAUAAUAGCAACAGUACUAUGGACAUAUAUUUCUUCAGAUGAAGUGAAACAUGCUUGGUUCUUUCAUGUACUUAUUGUCUCCUGUAUUUUGCCUUUCAUAGUAGGCAUAACAGCCAUGUUUCUAUAUUAUUGUGUUUUUCAUCCUUCCAAAAAACAACUAAAUUCUGCAAAUACAUCAUCAUAGCCUAGUAAUAAUUUAUUCAGUAACAAAGUUUGAUUUUGGUUAAAAAUAUGUAAAGGAAAUUUAAUUAUUUAUUUCUUGUUUCUAUAUUGUACAGAUCUUACUUUUAGUUCUAAAGAGCAUUUACCUAAGUACAAUUUAUUGUACUCAUUUAUUUUGUUAUAUUUGUAAUUAAUAACUUAACUUAGGGCUCAAAUUGAAGUAUUACUAUUAAUGUAUAAAAUUUUAUAUUUGAAAGAGGAUAAGGUCUUGCCUAUGUUACACGGAUAAGAAAAGGUGCACAAUGAAAUUAUUAACACUGCCACAUUUAAUGAGGCUGAUAAAAUGACCUGACUAGAUAAUUACAGUUUAUAGCAUUUUUACUGUGCUCUCUGUAUAAUAUAUGUAUAUUAAAAAAUUAGUUUAAUUACAUUAAAAAUACUGAAAUCAUAAGUACACAUAUAAGAGUCAACCAGUUGGAAAAUGUAAUAUUUGAUGAUUGUAAUAUUUUUAAAUUUAAUGUCCAAAUUUUGUAUACAUUAUAUACUUUUUUUAAUAAAUGGAAUUAUCUCCAUUACAAUUGUGU